GACGGAUCGCGUAUUGCUCGACCAUCGUUCGUGCACAACACAUACACACACCGAGUAAGAUAAUCACUUGUACUGCAACAAUAUGCGCAACGCAGUCAUACUUUUACUGGCCGCGUUUUCCGCGGUCGCCAGGGCAGCGAUCAUCAGGUCCGGCGGCGUCGAAUUGCCGACUUACUCAGAUCCAUGCAAAAGAAAUGAUAAGGACUUCAGUGGCUGUGUGAAGAGAACUCUUCAAUACUUGAUCCCAAAAUUUAGCAAAGAGGGAAUUCCACAAUUAAAUAUCACAUCUUUGGACCCAUUCUAUUUGAAUGAAUAUCUAAUGCAUUUUGAGUCUACCCAAAUCGAAGGAAAAGCUCUAUUCAAAGAUGUGUACAACCAUGGUUUAGGAUCUAUAAAAAUCGUCGAUGUCAGAUCUCUUGUGGAAGACCCAGAACAAUUGGAAUUAGAAGUCGAUUUUUACAUGCCAAAAGUAAUUUCUAAUGGAAAAUUCAAGGGCGAGGGAAGAAUUGGCCAGAUGCCAAUCAUGGGCAAAGGCGUAUUCAACGUGACAUCUUAUGAUGUGACCGGUUCGUGGAUGUUAAAAGGCAAUGCCGUUGAAUUGGACGGACAACGUUACAUGCGUAUCAAGGACGUUGGCAUGAAAUUAGACAUUGGAGACAUGAAAAUAUACGCGACCAACAUGAUCAAUGGAAGUCCCGAAUUGAGCCAAAUGGCGUUAACCUUCGCUAACCAAUUUUGGCGAGUGAUAUUCCAAAUCAUGAUGCCAUAUGCCGAAGAGGGUUUCGAAAAGAUCACAAGACCCAUUCUCAACCAAGUGUUCCUGGAGGUUCCUUAUGACCAGCUGUUCCCACCCAGCCGCAAAUAAACCCUCCCGACGAAAUCAUAUUUCUCUUAAAUUUACCUUAAGUUUUUCUUUGUGACCUGUGUUGUAGGACUAUAGUAUUAUCUUAUUGUAUAUGUAGGUGUAAUAAGUUUUUAUUUUUAAUAAUGCAUUAAUAUUAUAAUACGCAUCACCGUUACAUCGAAUUUGCAACCAGUAGGAUAUCUGACCACUAUUAUUUAUUAUUAAGAUUAAUAUUAUAUUUUGUUCUAAGCGACGUAAAUAAUUAUUUAUCUAUGUUACUAUAUAAGUAAACUUUGUUAAGAAAUAA